AUGUCUUCUCGCGGCGAGGCAUUCGAGAUGUCAGCCACCCGCCCCAUGGGUGGCUACGUCUUGGACAGUAAAGACACCGGAGCACAAGUGACGGUCUCUGGACGCAAAAGCAACGAACGCAUGAACGGCAUUCUGCGUGUCAGGAAGCUGUUCAGCAGCACUCAGAUCUUCGCCUUUUCUCUCACGUACAUGUGCACCUGGGAGGUGUUGACCUCACAGAUGAUGUUCGCCCUCUGGAAUGGCGGGCCGCAAACAUACGCCUGGGCGACGCUGAUCGCAUACUUUGGAGCAGCGGCACAAGCAGCCUCCCUGGCCGAAAUGGCCUCCUCCGUCCCCAUUGCGGGAGCACAGUACCACUGGACCAAUGCCCUCGCGCCGCCUCGGAUCAAGAGAUUCACAACUUGGCUGCAGGGCUGGAUCACCUGGUUCGGCUGGGUGUCGGUGUUGGCCGCGUACAUCAACCUGGACGCCAUCGUUUUGCAAGCCAUGGUUUCUCUGCAGCACGAGACAUAUGUGCCGCAGAACUGGCAUACGGCGUUGAUCAUGAUUGCCUUUUUGUUGGUGUUCGGCUUGGUCAAUUCCAUGCGGUGGACGUUUGUCUUUGUCCCCUGGCUGGAGCUCCUGGCUGGGAUACUGCACGUGGCAUUAUUUGUGCUUUUUAUCGUGGUACUCAUGGUCAUGGGCUCGAGAAAUAGCACCGACUACAUUUUCUUUCAUCGCGAGAUUUGGUCUGGUUGGGACAGCAACAGUGCUCUAUCAUGGCAUCUGGGGAUGUUGACUUGCGUGGGCUCGUUCAUUUCCCUCGAUGGCACGGUCCAUAUGGCGGAGGAAACCCGGGUCGCAAAGAAGGCUGUUCCCAGAGCAGUCUUCUGGGGUGUGGUGCUGAAUGGAGCCAUGGGCUUUGCCAUGGUCGUCUGCGUACUUUCAGCCAUGGGUCCCAUGGAUGAGGAGCUUGCGUAUGCUCCGUAUCCGCUGGCAGUUGUGCUGAUGCGAACCACAAAAUCGGCAGAUGCCAGCACCGCUAUGCUUUGCGGCAUACUGGUCAUCUUUGCCUGCUCCGGCCUGGGCUGUGUGGCUUCUGUAUCGCGGCUUACGUGGGCCUGGUCCCGCGACGGUGGCCUGCCGAGAUGGUUUGCCAUGGUUGACGCAAAACAUUUGCUGCCCAUCCGCGCCAUCUGGCUGGGCCUGGCUCUCAACAUCGCCUUAUCACUCAUCAACGUGGGAUCAAGUGCUGCUUACGGCGCAAUUCUUUCCCUAGCCACCAUCUCGCUUUUCACAUCCUACGGCAUUGCAAUUUUCAGUAUGCUAGCUGCAAGGUGGCGAUCACAUCAGGGCCAACAAGUCCUGGAACUAGGAGAGUGGAAUAUGGGUCGGUACGGCGUCUUUGUCAAUCUCUUUGCCUUGCUGUAUACGGCUUACAUGGCAAUCUUCUUGCCAAUUCCAUAUAGUCUACCGGUUACAGCAGUGAACAUGAACUACGCCGGCCCUAUUUUCGUCGCUGGCUUGAUCUUUGUACUCUCGAGCUGGUACCUCUGGGGCAGAAAGAGAUGGCCGGGCAUCGACAACGACAUUGUUGAGUUUGUGAAGGAACAUGCUGAGGCGUCAGAGAAUUCGCGUACUGCUUGA